CUUUGGGUGGCGUCAAGCACUGGACGCGGAGGCCGGGAUUUUGAGGCCAAUCGCUUGCGCGUAAAGUUGAGCGAGCGGAUUUCACUUCCAAACACUUAGAAGGAAAAGAACAACAUGGGCAAGCGUACGAAGAAGGUUGGCAUCUGCGGUAAGUACGGCGUGCGCUACGGUUCGUCGCUCCGCAAGGUCGUCAAGAAGAUCGAAGUCUCGCAGCACGCCAAGUACAACUGCGUCUUCUGCGGCAAGGACAACGUCAAGCGCGCCUGCACGGGCAUCUGGAAGUGCAAGUCGUGCCACAAGGUCGUCGCCGGCGGCGCCUACCUCCUCAACACGCCGUCGGCCGCGACGGUCCGCUCGACGCUGGCCCGCCUCCGCAAGGCCCGCGAAGCCAACAUUGAGUAAGCGCGACCUCUCAGUUGACAACUACCUCCUACCAGUCCGUGCGCCCACCAGCCAACGCUCUAAGUAGAGCGCCAUGCUGCGAAGGCACGCGUGCCGGCUUUUAAGUGUAACGAGAACCCAACCCAUA